GCUGAAGUUUGGGGCCUCUCCCAGGCGCUGCCACGAGCAAGUCCCUCCGUCCACCUCUCAGAGGGGCCGUAUGAGCCCCGAGGGCUCCUGCCCGUGGAUGGGCCACCUGCGUCGCCUCCAGGUGAGGACCUGGAUUGAGCCGGUGGUGGCCUCGUCCCAGGUGGCCGCCUCCCUCUACGACGCGGGGCUGCUGCUGGUGGUGAAGGCGCACUACGGAGCCGGAGCCGCCUCCAACCACAGCGCAGGCCCGUCGCCCCGCGGGGUCCUGGAGGACCAACAGCAGAGGGCCAUCUCCAAUUUCUACAUCAUCUACAACCUCGUGGUGGGCCUGACGCCCCUGCUGUUCGCCUACGGGCUGGGCUGGCUCAGCGACCGCUACCACCGCAAGAUCUCCAUCUGCGUGUCUCUGCUGGGCUUCCUCCUCUCCCGCCUCGGGCUGCUGCUCAAGGUGCUGCUGGACUGGCCCCUCGAGGUGAUGUACGGGGCGGCGGCGCUCAACGGGCUGUGCGGCGGCUUCUCGGCGUUCUGGGCCGGGGUCAUGGCCCUGGGGUCCCUCGGCUCCUCCGAGGGCCGCCGCUCCGUGCGCCUCAUCGUUCUGGACCUCAUCCUGGGCCUGGCUGGCUUCUGCGGGAGCAUGGCCUCCGGGCACCUCUUCAAGCAGAUCGUUGGGCGCUCCAGGCAGGGCCUGGUGCUGGCGGCUUGCAGCGUGAGCUGCGCCACGUUCAGCCUUUGCUACAGCUUGCUGGUGCUGAAGGUCCCGGAGUCGGUGGCCAAAUCCAGCAGGGCGCUUACCACCAUGGACACGGUGUCUGGCGUGGUUGGCACAUACCGCACCCUGGAUCCUGAUCAGCUGGAGAAGCACAGUGUGGUAGGACACCCUCCGAGGCCUGGAAAAGCAAAGCCCCAAAAGGCCAUCAUUGCCCUGCUCUUUGUGGGUGCCAUCUUAUAUGACCUGGCAGUGGUGGGCACAGUGGACGUGAUGCCACUUUUUAUGCUGAGGGAGCCUCUCAGUUGGAACCAAGUCCAGGUGGGCUAUGGCAUGGCUGCCGGGUACACCAUCUUCAUCACCAGUUUCCUGGGCGUCUUGAUCUUCUCCCGCUGCCUCCGGGACACCACUAUGAUCAUGAUUGGGAUGGUCUCCUUUGGGUCUGGAGCCCUUCUCUUGGCCUUUGUGAGAAAGACAUACAUGUUCUACAUUGCUCGAACCGUCAUGCUGUUUGCUCUGAUCCCCAUCACAACCAUCCGAUCAGCGAUGUCCAAGCUCAUAGAGGGCUCCUCUUACGGAAAGGUGUUCGUCAUGCUGCAGCUGUCUCUGGCUCUGACUGGGGUGGUGACGUCCGUAGUGUAUAAUGAGAUCUAUCAGCUCUCCAUGGAAAAGUUCGUAGGCACCUGCUUUGUUCUCUCCUCCUUUCUCUCCUUCCUGGCCAUCGCCCCUAUUGGCAUCGUGGCCUCUAAACAAGCCCCAUGGUCGCAAUACGGAGACAUCACAGAAAAAUGA